GUCACAGUCUGGAAUGGUCUCCAAAGUCUCCACAAAUCUGCGGGCGAAAAAGUACCGUGAGAAGAGACUGUCAGAAGUUCAGAAUCGGUACAGAAGCUCACAUCGCCAGUAUGAAUCCCGGCCAGCUGUUAGUUUUGGCCAUUUUUGCCACUGCAAUUUCCCUUUCGAUGGGUUUUCCCCAGGACGAUCUAAUUAAGCCGGGUAGUGACGAAUCGGACGUGAGUGGCAUUGGCUUCGUGACGCUCGACGGAACCGCCAGCGAAGAGAGUGACGAAAGCGACCAAGGCAAUGCGUCCGAUGAUUUGAUAUUUUUGAGUCGCCAAAAGCCAAAUCCGGCCAACAAUUCCGUCGAUUUGAGCGCCUUUGUGGCACUGAUUCCUCUGCAAGAAGUCCAGUCCAUUGCUGCCCACUAUUAUCACCACGAUGCGGAGUUUCAAAGGGCCUAUGCCUUCCUCGCCAGCAGCGAUUUUGCGGACAUCAAGCGGAAAAUACUUCAGCUGCCGGAAGUGCUGGAGUUCACCAACUAUCUGGGUGCCAAUGGUCUAGAUGUGGUCAAGGUGAUGCAUUCUGUGGCAGGCGUAUUCAAACCGUCCAUUCUGAGCGCCGCAGCGGUCAACGAGCCAACUAAAGCCACAACCACCGAAGAUGGCAGCUCCGGCGCUGGAGAAGCACAAACUGGACUCCAUGGAAUGGUGGAGAGGGUCCUGGAAAUUCUGCCGCAGGACCAACUGUACGCCCUAUUCUUCGACGAGUUUGAGAGCAACAAACAGUUCGCAGCAUUUGUCGACAGCAUUAGCAGUCCAAAGUUUGCCAAGAUUUUGAGCGGUUUGCAGAACUCAAUGCCGCUGCGAAAUCUGCUAUUUGUCCUGCACAACAACAGUAUCUAUGUGGAGCGGAUUGUGGAGUCCGUAAAAUCGUAUCUAUCCAUCUCCAGUUUUUAGUUUGCCUAAGUCUUAAAUGUGGCAAAUAAACUGUAUGAAUUAGACAAAC